AUGAAUGAGGAUGGAUUGUUUGAAGUAGUACAACAUGUUUUGGUACAUAAUCAUGAACUCACAAGAAAACAAUGGCACUAUCUUCAUCGAUAUGAAAGAGAGAUGACAGAAGAAAAGGGACAAGUAAUAGAAAACUUGCAAAAGUCAGGACUUUCAGCUAUGGACUCAUAUCGAGCUAUGUGCAAUAAAGCUGGAGGUGAAGAAAACUUGGGACACACAAAGAAAGACCACCUGAAUUAUUGGACAAGGUUGAAAAUGAAAAAUAUUGAAGGUGGUGAUGCACAAGCAGUCUCUGAAAUAAUGUACCAGGAACUUGCUAAUGAUCCUGAAUUUUUCUUUAGAUUUAGAUUGAAUAAAGAAGGAAAGUUAAGAGCACUGUUUUGGAGAGACUCGAUGAUGAGAGAAGAUUAUAGUAUUUAUGGAGAUGUUGUAGUGUUUGACACUACAUAUAGGACAAAUAGAUACAAUUUGAUGUGUGCUCCUAUUUCAAUGGGAGGGAAAUGCCCAAUCUCAAUCUUCACAGACCAAGAUCAAGCAAUGUGCUCUGCAAUACAGAAGGUCUUUCCAGAGGUCAGACAUAGAUUAUGUAUAUGGCAUUUAGAACAAAAGGCUAUUACAAGAUUUGGAUCAUUGAAACGAGACAAAGAUUUUAAGAGAACAUUCUCCUACUGUUUGAAACGAUGUGUAACUGAAGUUGAGUUUGAAGCUGUAUGGAACUCAAUGAUUGAGAAGUAUAAUUUACAAGAAGAUAGUUGGUUCCAAAGAAUUUAUAAUCUAAAAGAAAAGUGGUGUCCAGCUCUAAGCAAAGACUUCUUCUCGGCUGGUAUCCUCUCUUCCCAACGAAGUGAAAGUACCAAUCAUGCAAUUGGGUUUAGAGCAAAUAGAUCAACAAGCUUGACUGAAUUCUAUAGCAUUUUCAAAGCUUGUAUACAGCGUUGGAGAAGCACGGAAAAACAUGAUGAGUUCUCGUGUAGUAAAUCAACUGCAGCAUCAGCAAUACCAUUAUCUGGUCUGCUGAAACAUGCAUCAGAAAUCUACACUUUGUCUUUAUUCACAGAUUUUGAAGAAGAAUUUGGGUAUUCCAUUGCAACUGCCACAAAAUUGCUUUGGCAAAAUGGUAGUACCUUGUUCUAUUUAGUGGCAAUUGAAAGUGAACCUUGGUCGCAACAAAAAGUCACUUUUGAAUCUGACAGCAACCAAGUUAAAUGCACUUGCAAGAACUUUGAAGCUUCUGGAUGGUUAUGCUACCACUGCAUCAGAAUAUUACACUUACAUUCAGUGAUGAGAAUACCAGAUCAGUAUAUAAAGAAGAGAUGGACAAAGUUUGCAAAAUCAUCAAUUUGGGAAAGACGUGACAAUGAAGAACCUGAACAACAUCAAUACACACCUUGGCGUCAAACCAUGGCUAGAAAAUUCUAUAAUCUAAUAUUGAAAAGUCAAUUUAAUGAAGAGGCGAGAACCCUUAUCGAGGACAGUUAUGUUGUUAGCCUUUCUCUUGUUGAAGAACUACUAACAACCAUCAACAACACUACUGAAGCAGAGACUAACCAAGCUACUGAAGUAGAGACCAACAAAGAUACUGAAGCAGAGACUAACCAAGCUACUGAAGCAGAGACUAACCAAGCUACUGAAGCAGAGACUAACCAAGCUACAUCAACUGAGGCACCUCUUAUAUUAGAUCCUAAAUGUACAACAACAAAAGGAAGGAACAAAAGGCCACGAGGACCACUGGAGAAGAAAAGAAAGAAGACUACAGUACCACCACUUGAGUUUGGAGCUAUAACCCCUAAUUUGAGACUAUUUUGA